CGCAGAAGAGAUCAAGCUACGAUGUAACUAAUCCCAAAUCAAUUACAGUUUCAGGCGAAGAGGGCUAGCAGGAAAGUGAGUCGCAUCUACGGAUUAGAUGUCAACAUGACUUCUACUGUAGUGCCUGUUUACUUCUUGAUGUGAACAACAACAAGAACUUGAUGAACUACUAGGAGUUUUUUUUAAUACGGAUCAUAUCACAUUCAUUUGUUAAAGUAGUUUUCUCUUCAAAGAAUGUUUCGAAAGCGCCGUGCAAAGAUUGACGCCGAUGACGGUGGAAAGCGCCGUCGUAAGCAGGCCGAAUCAGAUCCCGAAGACGUCGAGGAUGCACCGGCAGCAAAAAUGUCAAGCAAAGGCAUACUAAGUGGCGCAACCACAGAGGGUGCAGGAGGAGGCGACGAUGGCGGUGACAACAACGGUGAGGAAAAUCAAGAGGGGGAUGAUAUUGUUGCUGCCGCAAUAGACAUCAAGGAGAUCCAGAGGUUGCGGAAGCUAAGGUUAGGCGUGCGCGCGGACGGUGCGGCGCAUCGUAAGCGCAACGCUGCAGAGGAGGAGGACGACGAGAAGAACAAAAAAGGGGAUGCUGACGAAGACGAAGAGCAAAAAGGUGGCUUGCGCACGAUGACCUUCGCUGCGCAAGGCGAGGGCAAGAAGGACGAGGAGAAAAAGUCCCGCGAACAAGCGCACAUGGAAGCGUUCAUCCGACAAAAGCUUGCCGAAGAACAGCAGCAAAACGGUGGUUCCUCUGCAUCGUCAAGCGCUAAACAAGGUGAUGCAACUUCUAGCAAGAACGGCGCUGCAGGUGCUGCUGCGGCAUCGUCUUCCACAGGUUUUGGUACGCGGUUGAAGCCUGAGAGCGAACUGUACGCCAUACCAGACAAGCUUAGAGUGAAGGGUAUGGUGCUAGACGACUCGGAGAAGAACAUGAACUGGACCCAGGGUCUGGCGGAAGUCGCGGUCUCUUCAGACCGGCGGGUCGAAAACAUGAUCGCGGCAGAGGAAAGCAAAAAGCGGGUCCUGCAGAAAAUGCUGGAGGAGAAAGCGUCGAAAGACAAGCGACAGGAAUACGGGAUUAAGAACGACACGGAGAGCCGCGAAUUGCUGUCGCGCGUCUAUGGUAGCAGAUUUCAGGGCGAAUUCGUGCCGAAAGCGGAGCGCACGAAUCAGCCGACUGAUGAUGACGCAGUCAGAGCAUUCAAGAAACGAACCGAGAAGAUGCUUGCGGGACACAAAGGGAGUGGGGCAAUUCAGUUCCCGACGGAUCGAUGAGAAUGAUCGAACCUAUUUUUCUUGUCGCGGCAGAUCCAUAUUUAUUGCCACUGCCUCGCUACAACAUGUGACAUGUCAACAGGGAAUCAAGAAAUCUUUGUCCUUUCAUGUUUUUACCUUCCUCCCUCUAUCAAUCAACACCCAUUAUCGUUCUCCUCAUUUGAUGAUCUUGUAAAACGAAUAUCGAAAUCCUUCGAAGUAGGCAAUAUCGAAU